UACCUCAAAGAGAGAGAGUACUUUCAGGGGUUCUUCCAAGUCAUUGUUAUUGUUAGCUAAGGUAUCUUCAUCACAAUUAGAGCUUGGCAUACAAUGGAUUUACAUCAUGAUACCAUGGGCAUGGAUUCACAUCAUGAGGCCAUGAACGACGUGGAGAAUGGUGACUCUAAGAGCUUAAUGAACAAGGGCCUCUCCAAGGGUCGGACACAACAAAAUGUGUCAUCCUCAAUUUUGCGCAAGAAAUCGGAUCCAGUGCUUGUAUCCAGAGUUCGGUUCAAAAUGCUUAGACAAUUCUUGGCCAAUUUGCAAGAGGUUAUUCUUGGCACCAAGAUUGCUGUGCUCUUCCCAGCUAUUCCACUAGCAAUCGCUGCAGACUUUUAUAACUUUGGAAGACCUUGGAUUUUUGCUUUGAGCUUACUUGGACUCGCACCGCUUGCUGAACGAGUCAGCUUCCUGACAGAGCAAAUUGCAUACUUCACGGGUCCGACAGUUGGAGGGCUUCUGAAUGCAACAUGUGGUAAUGCAACGGAGCUCAUAAUUGCAUUAUUUGCUCUUCGCCAAAACAAAAUACAUGUUGUGAAGUACUCUCUUCUGGGUUCCAUCCUUUCAAACCUUCUUCUUGUACUUGGGACCUCUCUCCUAUGUGGAGGCUUGGCCAACAUUAAAAAGGAACAAAGAUAUGACAGAAAACAGGCGGAUGUGAACUCGCUCCUUCUGUUGCUGGGAUUGCUAUGCCACUUGCUACCAUUGAUGUUCAGAUAUGCCUCAGGAAUUGAAACUUCCACAGCUGUGUAUACCCUCCAGUUGUCAAGAGCAAGCAGCAUUGUGAUGCUUAUAGCAUAUGUUGCAUAUAUCUUCUUCCAGUUAAAAACCCACCGGGAAUUGUUUGAUUCACAAGAGGAUGACGAGGAAGACGAAAAGGCAGUGAUAGGAUUUUGGGGUGCAUUUACUUGGCUAGUUGGCAUGACAAUUAUCAUAGCUGUGCUAUCUGAGUAUGUUGUGGGAACAAUAGAGGCUGCAUCAGAUUCUUGGGGAAUUUCUGUUAGCUUCAUCAGCAUAAUUUUGCUACCAAUAGUUGGAAAUGCAGCAGAACAUGCUGGAUCAAUCAUAUUUGCGUUCAAGAACAAGUUGGAUAUCUCUCUCGGUGUAGCUUUGGGGUCUGCAUCUCAAAUUUCCAUGUUUGUGGUUCCUCUGAGCGUUGUUGUUGCUUGGACAAUGGGCAUUGACAUGGAUCUUGAUUUUAGUCUCCUCGAAACUGGUUGUCUUGCAUUCACAAUAAUUGUCACGGCCUUCACUUUACAGGAUGGAACUUCACAUUACAUGAAGGGAAUUGUUCUUUUCCUAUGCUACAUUGUUAUUGGUGCUUGUUUUUUUGUUCAUAAAAUCCCAGUGAGUGAAACAACCGUCAACUUAGGAGUUGGACAAUCCUCUGGAGUUUUGAAUGCCUGAGCUGACUACAUUGUUUGGGAUUUACAUCCCAAACUAAAGAUUGGUGCAUCCGUAAAUCUAUUUCUUACUUUAUUCAUCCGUUUGUGAAGUGCUGGAAAAACUCAUUCCCAUUUCAAUUGUGAUCAAUUGAGAGAUUAAGUGCUAGAGAUUUCGAGUUGCGGGCGUGUCUAAGAAAGUGGGGACUACUUAAACUUGGAGAAAGAAUGAAUUUUCGUGUUGAAGAUGUUUGUAUAUAGUUCUGUCUCUAUGUCUCUGCAAUAAGUUUUAAUUUAUUUCAAAUUUAGUUCAUAAAUUUGUGGCGAAUGCCAAGUCAUUUCUCUUCCCCUUUCUUUUUUUGAGACUACUAGUACUUAAUUUAAGCUGAUAUGUUGCCAAACCAGAGGAAAAGGCAUUACAUCUUUGAUGUACAAUAAGAAAAUCUGGAGAGUAUCAGAUUUCAAUUUUAUCUUCUAAUAAAAUUCCCCAAGUGUUUAUCUUACUUUA